AUGGGAACACUCACAAUCAUAACUGGAGGAACCACCCAGACUUCUCUUGGGGUGGAAACCAAGUUGGAAGAAGUCCAGUCGAAAAAGAGAAAACAAGUGACCUUUCAUGAGAAACUGGCCACCAUAGAAGCAGAAUCAGAAAAAUCAAAGGAGUCAGAGAAGCCAACUGUAGAGGUGGUGGCUAAGCAACCCCCACCAUUAAUUGCAAGGCCGCCACCUCCGUUCCCUCAGAGAUUGUAUAAAGUGAAGGAUAAUGUCGCUUAUAAAAAGUUUCUUGAUAUUUUAAAGCCGGUGCAAAUCAAUAUUCCACUGGUAGACACCCUGCAAGAAGUUCCUAAAUAUGCCAAAUACAUCAAGGACAUAGUGGCCAAUAAAAGGAGGUUGACCGAGUUCGAGAUUGUGGAACUCAUUGAGGAAUGUAGCUCAAGAAUUAAAAUCAAGCUACCUCAGAAAUUGAAGGAUCCGGGUAGUUUCACUAUCCAAAUAUUGAUUGACGUGUUAGUUCAAGUGGGGUCUUUCAUAUUCCCUGCUGAUUUCGUUAUUUUAGACUAUGAUCCUGAUCAGCAAGUCCCAUCUCUUUUGGGGCGUCCAUUCCUAGCCACGGGACGAGCUAUAAUUGAUUUGGACAGGCCUGUCACUCUGACCCCUUCUAAGCCAUCUAUUGAAGAAGCUCCGAAGCUAGAACUUAAGCCCCUUCCAGCACAUCGGCGCUAUGCUUAUUUAGGGAACCGUGAGAUUUCCAGUGAUUGUCUCAUCCUGCUUGACCGAUGUGCAAGAAGAAAAAUUGCUCAGAGUACUUCGCGAGCAUAA